AUGCAUAAUAUAUGACGGAGCGUGCAUAACCCCGCAUGGAGUUUUCCGUCAAAUAAUCAUAGAAAUCCUAUGUCUGUAAGCUUCCUUCUGCGACGUUUAUCUUGCUGCUCCUGCAACUCCCGUCGUAUACUUAGUCCUCUCCGAAAUGUUUGCAAAGAUUCUAUCCUUUAUACUUUUCUUUUCCUUUGUCUCUGCGGCAUGCUCUGGAAACACAACGCUUUAUGCCGCAUCUGAGACCAGCGCCUUGGCUACUUGUACGACUUACUCCGGUAACGUCUCAUUUGCCACCAGCGUCGCGGGAGAUGUCAACCUCGAUAAUAUCGAAGUUAUAACGGGCAACUUGAACAUAACAGGCGCCUCAAAUAUAACCUCACUUACUGGCAAUCACCUAUCAUCUCUUGGUGGUUUUAUUCUUCGAAACCUAUCAAGUAGUGCGCCUAUGGAGUUCGUUCGCCUUACUAAUUUGACAAAUUUAAUAUUCUACGGAUUUCAAGCGCUCUCGGGUUUUAGUCUCUCUACAGAUCUUACUUGGAUUUCCGAUGUUGUUAUCGAAGGCUCGCGGCUUACCGAUAUCGAUGGACUUGGACUACAAAAUGUCAAUACCAUAGGCAGCUUAAGUAUACUAAGAAACCAGUACCUGGAGAACGUAAGCUUGCCAAACCUCCGUACCACUUUUUCUUCCAUAGACAUAUACGGAAAGGGGUUUCUCAAUUUGUCUUUACCCUUGCUAUCAAGAGCUGGGCCGCUUGAUUUACGUCACAUCGCAUAUCUCUACAUACCUACUUUGGAAGCUUUAGAUGGAGGCCUUUCCUUAUAUGAUACGAAACUGGAUACAAUAUCCGCGCCAAAACUCGGAUCUAUUGACUCCCUCGCUCUGGAGAACAACACACGUCUUUACAACAUGUCAUUUCCUAGCCUUUACGGAAUAUAUGGCUAUAUGAUUAUGUUUAACAACUCGGACUUGUCUACAAUUUCGCUCGAGGCGCUAGAGUGGAUAACGUACAAUACUAUAUUACUUGGUAACUUUACAAGCAUAUCCUUCCCCGCUAUGACGGAAUUAGAAGGAGCGCUUGAUAUAUCAACAAGCGAGGAUAUGGAUUGCUCUCCCUUUGAGCAUAUGGUCAAAUCUGGAAUCGUCAAAGAAAGACUGCAAUGCAAUACCUCGGAGAAAGCCAUUAGUGUGUUACCACCGGGCCAGACGCAAACUUCCAUAUCAAACCAAUCGGCCCCUACAUCAGGUGGGACUUCAGAAGGCCUAUCUACAGGCGCAAAGAUUGGAAUCGGUGUAGGUGUCGCGGGAGGUGCUAUCGGAGCCAUUGCUAUCUCCGCAUCUCUUCUUCUAAUCCGGCGGAAUCGAAAAAAGAACCAGGCGGUAAACGAGAGCACGAAGGACGAGAAAGAACAGAAGGAUCCGCGAGUGCCAGCCCAGCCAGUACACGAGCUUGAACCAGAAAACAUACAGGAGUUGGAGCACAAUCGCAUCGCCAAUGAGAUGGGUGCAGAUAGAGAGGUCCUAGAGGCUCAGGGGAGCGAAGCCCUCUACGAAUUGCCGGUGGGCGGUCCGAGGGAGCGGCAGGAAUUGGAGGGGGAUACGCCCAGACUGCAUUCACCUGUGCGUGAAAGAGACAGCACCAGUCAGCGGGAUGUGUAGUGGUUAUCGAUGAGGUUGAAGUGGGAUUUGGGCAAGGCAGCAAAAGCUCGCAGCUUCACUGUCACAGUUCGACGUCCGUCCACGAGCCAAUGUGAACCAGCGUCUUGUGAAUUUGGAGAAUAACGUUCAUUGUC